ACUCUCACUUGUAUUUAAGGGGAGCCCAAAUUAUGCUCAUUAACAUUCUGCCUUGUACACACAUCGAUAACUACUUAUACUUAAUUCUGAGUAUCAUCACAACAACAACUGAUAGACAUGGCGCCUCUGAAAGGUAAGGUUGAGACUGAAAUAGAAAUUAAGGCACCAGCUGAGAAGUUCUACAACAUCUUCAAGAGCCGGGCACACCACGUCCCAAACAUUUCUUCUGGCAGCAUUCAAGGCGUUCAGGUGCAUGAAGGAGACUGGGAAACACAUGGCUCUAUUAAGAGUUGGAAUUACUCAGUAGGGGACGAAGUAGGGGUAUUCAAGGAAAAGGUGGAGUACAACGAUGAGAACAAGUCCAUAACUCUGAAUGGGGUGGAAGGAGAUGUCUUCAGGUAUUUCAAAAGCUUUAAGCCUGUCUAUCAAUUCACACAAAAGGAUGAAGGCAGCACUGCGACCUUGUCGAUUGCAUAUGAGAAAUUGAAUGACAAUGUUGCAGCUCCAGACAAAUACGUUGGUUUGAUGGUAAAUAUUGUCAAGGAUCUUGAUGCUCACUUUAUCAAGGCAUGAGGAAAAGCAUGCAACGGUGAAAAGAGCUACGUACUGCUUGCUGGUUCAUCGUUAAAGUUCAUGAAUUAUAUCGUCGUGUUAAUUAAUGCGUGCUUUGUUUAAUUACAAGUAAUUAAAAAAUGCUUUGCUAUGUAUUUGUGUCGAGGGAUGUCAUAUGUGAUAUUGUGAUGUAUUAACUAUGGUUAUCACAUAUAUAAAAUAAAAUGAGUGGUGUGCUUAUGUGUCCAGUUUUUGCUCA